UUACGUAAGUUGUCGGUAAACGGGUUAUCCCAGGUUACGGCAGGUUAUAUUCGACCACCUGUGAGCGCGUACAGAAGACCGUUCUUGGAAGCGCUCUGACAUAACCUCACGCAUAACUCCGCAUAACCUGCGGGUCGAUGUUCGUGGCCCGUGCAGUCGGUGCAGUCCGGUGCAGUAUUGCUUGAAAUAGCCGAGGAGCGUCACGUGCCUCGAUCGUCCGUGGGCUCGCGACACGUUGCCGGCGCUCGCGUGUCUCCCGCGUCCAUUCGCGUCGAGGGGGCACGUAUCGAUAUCGACAUGGCUGCCGCGGUCGCCUCGGGUUGCGAAAGACCGGACGGGCCUUUUAGGCGGGAGCGUUCACGCCGCUUGUUCCUCGCGCUCGGGAGAGCGUCCAGAGCGGCGCGACGUCUUCCCCGGGCCGUUCUGUCGGGCCGAUGGCGUACGACAUCAAGUGGAUCAUCCCCAAGCUGAGAGAGUCGACCAGGCUCUGGAACUUUGCGAGCACCAUAACCUUCGUCGCCGUCGGCAUCUUCUCCAAGAUCAUCAUAGAAUGGCUGAAUAAGACAAAGGUAUACAACAAAUACAUCAUCACAAAGGCUCUGGACAACCGGCCAAAAAAUGUUCCACUGAUCACUGUAUCUAACCACCAUAGCUGCUUUGAUGACCCCGGUACUUGGGGGACAUUGGACCUACGCCAUCUCUGUAAUCGGAGGGUAAUGAGAUGGUCACUCGCAGCUCAUGACAUCUGCUUUACAAAUGCCUGGCACUCAUAUUUCUUCAUGUCAGGCAAAUGCAUACCCAUCGUAAGAGGGAAAGGAGUAUACCAAGAAGCGAUCGACUUCUGUAUCGAGAAACUAGCCUCCGGGGAUUGGGUGCACGUUUUUCCAGAAGGAAAAGUGAACAUGCUGAAAGAAAACAUGAGGUUAAAAUGGGGCAUUGGAAGAUUAAUACUGGAGUCACCUGUCACACCACUCGUCAUACCCAUUUAUCACCUCGGUAUGGAUGACGUGCUUCCGAAUGAGCCACCAUACCUGAUUAAGAUAAAGCGGAAAGUGACAAUGAACUAUGGAGAGCCCAUCGACUUCAGUCAGAUGCUAACCGAUCUUAGAGCAACCAAGACAAACGAGGUGGAUGCUAGGAAAGCCAUUACAGAUCGUAUACAAGAGGAGUUACUUAGGUUAAAGACGGUAACGGAAGAGCUGCAUUCUCGCCUUUGACGACGGCGUGGCGGUAAACACCGCCACUCGAUAUAGCACAAAUUUGUCCAAAGUGCAGUAUGCACAGUGACACUGUUAGUGGCAGCCCUUUGCCUUAGCCGGGCAUUCUAAAGGAGUGCGGCGGUGUUCGUGCAAUCAACCUAUUGAUUAAUCGUUUUACAAAAUGUUGAUCGAGUGGAAAAUGCCAAAUUAAUCCAUCAACUCGGUCUUAACAUACGUGAUGCGUCUGCACACGCACGAUAGUCUCUCGUAGCGAGAAUUACUAAUUCUAUUAGCAUAUCCGCUUUCUAUAGAUCAAAUUCCACGACUCGAAUUUAAAGUCUUAAUUUUAAACUCAGCACGGUAUAAUACUGUUAGGAUAUGUACGAUUUAUAUCACGUGAAAUCUGAUUCAAGAGAUCAUCGGAUGAUUCUCCGAUGAAAGUGAGUUUUCUCAACACUGCGUGUAUAUUUAAAGUGAAUAUUAGUCUUCCACGCGUGUAAUCGAGAACAAAUUAAAUGACGCUUUCACUGCAGCUUCAAAUACACACGCAGCAUUAUAACAGUAUGUUCACGAUUUACUCACGUUACGUAGUAAGGACUUAGGCAUAACGAUUAGAACUUAGACAAAGUUUUGGUCAUUCAACUUCCAAAUUUUUUAAUUUGAUGUAAUAUUAAUUGCCGCUCUUAAACAACUUGGGAAUAACCAGGUGGCAGAAAAAAAAAACAUGCCAAUUCGUUGCAAUACUCUCAGUCUUGUUAGUAUAAGAAAAAAAAAAAAGAAAAUACUGUACUUAUACAGGAUGCAUAGUCGCCGAGCGAAGUUAACUCUAAUUAAUAGAAUCUAGGCAGAAUGCACAUAGCAGUAUUGUACAUAUAAAAGAAAUCCCAUUUAGCACGUAUCACAGAUUCAAGUAAUUUUACCGGAAAUUUGUUAUCGAUAACGUUGAAUCGGACUAACCAAGAGAUAAAGUCGAAUAACGAACACUUUGUAUAUUUAUUGUAAUUACAAUUAUCUUUAUAGUAUAUGUACAUGUUGGAAAGUAACUUAUCAUCCCGAUAAUCCUAUCGGAGUGAGGAAACCGAUAUGAGCGCACGGUAUCGUCUCGAUACUCCUAAAGCUUUAUGCUCUUUGUUACAAUUUUGCACAACGUUAAAAACAUGACGCCGUUUCGUCGUAUUGCACUUUUGCGAGAUAUUUAGAAAUAAGAUGUUACGACACAUGCCAAGCUCUUUUUUGAGAUUUCCCUUUACCGUCCAACGUCAGAUAUCUAGGACGGUUCUAGAGUCAGGGUCUCCUAAAGCAAUUUGUUCUAAACAAUGAAAAGAGAGAAAUAUAUAUAUAUAUAGAGUGAGAGAUAUGUUCCUUGUUAUUACAAGUUCUUGAAAUCGCUUCUAUCAAAUGACGUCACUCGCUUUGACAACGAUAAGACGAUUGAUUUUAAUCGCCUGAGAAUGUAUCGAGAACGCUGAUAAUAAAAACGUAGCUACAACGAA